AUGCAGUUGCCCAUUCUCGCCCUCUUCGUUGGCCUUUCUGCCUCUCAAGUCCUUCAGAUACCUUCGCGCGUGGGGACCGUUACCGCAUUACCGACCCCUUCAACAAUCCUGAAGGGGCAAGUGAAAAACUUUGGCAACCGCGAGUUCGAUCGGGGCAUGAAGUGUGCCGAUGGCGACACUGGCAGCAAAAACGCCGUAUUCAUCCUCGAAGACGGAGCAACCAUAGAGGAUGUCAUAAUCGGAGCGAACGCCCUUGAGGGUAUUCACUGUCUGGGAAAGUGUUCAGUCCGCAGGGCAUGGUUCCGCGAUGUGUGCGAGGAUGCUGUCUCCGUUUUAGGAGCUGGUGACGCGCUGAUCGAGGGCGGCGGAGCGCAGAAUGCGGAAGACAAGGUUAUCCAACACAAUGGAAAGGGAACUGUUACGAUCAAGGAUUACACUGUAGUGAACGUGGGUAAAGUCUACCGGGCUUGCGGAGAUUGCACUGACAACCAGAAGAAGUCGCCUCGCAAAGUUAUUGUACAGAAUCUCAAGGCCAACAACGUUGCAACCAACAUAGUGGGUAUCAACUCCAACUAUGGUGAUACCGCAACCAUCAGUGGCUCGUGUGGUACUGUAAAGGGUGAGAUCUGCCAGCAAUUCCAGGGUGUCAAUAAAGGCGAGAUCUCAGGCGACAGUCCCAAGGUCGCGGGGAAGCAGAACUGUCUAGGAGCUCAAGGCAAGCUGGAGUUAGGCAAGCUACCCAAGUGCUGA